UGGGGCGUGGUCUGGGCUUGGCCUCGUCUGCCCAGCAGCACCCUAGUGCAGGAGCCCAGGGCAAAGGAGGGGGCACCGAGAGGUGGGGGAGGGGAAGGCGUCCCCGGCCACAGCCCAGGAAUUGCUCCGCCAGAUCCAGGCUGCCCAGGCGAGCGAUCAUGGGGCUGGAGAAAGAGAAAGCGGACACCAAAAUCUUCAUGGAUGAAGACGGCUUCAAUCGGAGCGAUAGUCCCGCGCCGUCGGAGACUGAAAAAAGUCUGGAGAAAGCGCCCGACCGGGACCCGCACGGGCUUAACAGCCACCUGAAGCUGGGAUUUGAGGACGUGAUAGCGGAGCCUACAUCCACUCACUCUUUCGAUAAAGUCUGGGUCUGCAGCCAUGCUCUCUUUGAGCUCAGCAAGUACCUGAUAUAUAAGCUCCUGACACUUGUCCUUGCCAUUCCCUUGGCCCUGGUUGCAGGGAUUCUCUUUGCUGUGCUCAGUUGCCUACACAUCUGGGUUGUGAUGCCAUUCAUAAGGUCUAUCCUUUUGAUCUUGCCAUCUGUGCAAGCUGUAUGGAAGAGCUUGACAGAUGUUUUCAUUGCACCAGUGUGUCACAGCAUGGGACGGUGCUUUUCAGCAAUCAACAUACAUCUUGACCAAGAGUGAACAAUUUGGAUCCAAUGCUAUUUUAGUCCUAAGUGCUAUUAAAGUCUCCUUAUUGGUAUAAUAUAGAGACACAUAAGCAUUCAUUCCAAAGCUACUGCUACUUAAAGGGAUGACAUUUCUGCCCUUCAGCUGGGUUGCACUUUUUAUGGGGAGAAAAGCUUGCUCUGGGGACAGGGAAGAUACUUAUAUUGUAACUAAAAGAUAGCAAGUGACAUUUAACAAUGUUAAGGUAAUGGUACUUCUAAUGCUUGGUUUCCAUAAAUGUGUUGUGGAUAACUAAGGGAGGUCAUCUUGAGGUGUAUCAAUCAAAUUUUCAUCUAUUGUAUUACUCAAAUUUCUUAGAAAUCAUUCCACCAAUAGAUUUGGUGAUCUAUUACUGAUCCGUUUGGGGGUACACUGUCAUAAUUUUAAACUGUUUUAACAGGGUUGCUGAUUUUAAUUUUAUUUCAUUGUAAUUUGUAUUGGAAUUUGUCACUUUGUAAGCCGCCUUGAGUCCCCAGGGAGAAAGGCUGCAUAUAAAUCGCAAUAAUAAAUAAAUAAAUAAAUAAAUGUUAGGCUAUACAGCUCUUAGAAAUAAGAACAUAAUGUAAAAGGUUACUUUUGAAGGAUUUUCUUAUCUAAAUUCUGCUGGUCAGCAUUUCUAGCCACACAAACAGAUAGCUCUGUUUGUAUCAGGGGUGAAAUCCGACCGGUUCAGACUGGUUCAGGUGAACUGCUGGGAAUUAUUGGCAUUGGUUCGCCGAACCAGUAGUAAUCACCCCUCAUUAGCCCCACCCACGCCCGGCUGGUCGCCGCUCACCUCUUCCAGCCGCUCGAUAGUCCACAGAAUUCAAUGUUAAAUGCAGCAGAGAGAAUGCUAACUUUUCUCCCUCCAUUCAGAUCGGAGCUGCUGCAGCCUGUCCAUUUAAGGUAGUCCCCAGAAGGGAGGGGGACUGGGGGAGCAGCUGGAAUGGAACUGUUUUCAUGAAAGGCAGGAAAAUGGGGAAGGGGAUUUUCCUGCUUGUCCUCCAUUCCUCAAUCUCAGCACAGACUGAGGGAAGGAUGGUGGGCAGAAAUAUUCCCCUCCCCAUUUUCCUGCCAUUCGGAACAAGGAGUGGCUGGGAGGGGAGGGGCCGGUGAGGAGCCCCUCCAUGUGAGUGAUGUUGAGUUGGCCACGCCCACCCAGUCACAUGACCACCACCCCCAACAAGCCACGCCCACAGAACUGGUAGGGGAAAUUUUUUAAUUUCACCACUGGUUUGUAUAUAGAUUCUAUAAUAUAUCAGCUUCUUAAACUGUAUAACCUCUUAAUAUACAGGUAGUCCUUGACUUAUGACCACAUUGAGCUCAAAAUUUCUGUUGCUAAGUGAAAUAUUUGUUAAUUUUGCCCUAUUUUGCCUUUCUUGCCAUAGUUAUUAAAUGAAUAACUGCAGUUGUUAAAUUAGCGACAUGAUUGUUAAGUGAAUCUGGCUUCUCCAUUGACUUUGCUUGACAGAAGGUCACAAAAGAUUGGGACACUGCAACCAUCAUAAAUAUGAGUCAGUCAUCAAUAAUCUUACUUUUGAUCACAUGACUAUGGGGAUGCUACAACCGUCAUAAGUGUGAAAAAUGAUUGUAAGUCACUUUUUUCAGUGCCGUUGUAACUUUGAACAGUCACUAAAUGAACUGUUGUAAAUCGAGGACUACCUGUAAUUCAUAUUUCAAGUAUUGACAGUUUCCAAACCCAUGGAUUUCCAACACAAUAGGAUCUUAAAACCUGGUAGAACCAUGCACAUUCAUCUUCAGUGAAUACUAAAGGUAACAUUUCGAUGCUUGCUUAGAGAGCAGCAAGUCAGAAAUAUUUAUAGUACAACACAAGCAAAAACAGGUAAAUACUUAGGUGGGCACAGCCAUUUGAGAAGCUUAAUACAGUAUUGCCUGCAAGUGAUUUUUUUUAUUAUUUAUUAUUUAUUUUUAUUUUUUUUAUUUUUUUAAAAAAAUUGAUUUAUGUGCCGCCCUUCUCUGGAGACUCAGGGCGGCUUACAAUGUGCUCAGCAAUAGCCUUCAUCCUUUUGUAUACAUUGGGGCCUUUUUCUCCGUUUUUAUGCUUAAAAAUAUUUUGGAACAUAUAUACACAUAUCCUUGGAUUAUUGAUUAGUUCCAGCCCCAGAUCAUAAAAGCCCCAUUUCCAAAGUUGACAGUGAGGUGCUCAGCUGUACAAAUGUGCUCCAAGUGCAAUUUCUAAAUAACAGAAGAAUUCAUGCAACCAUUUGUUUUCAUUUGCAUGAAUGCCUAUAGGAAAGCUCUUGCAGGACUUCUGUGAAUUAGAGCAGCAUGUAAGGACUCCGAGCUGGGUAACCAAGUACAUGCCUCAUGGGAGGAGGGAGGUUAUAAGGGAUAUAUGUUAACAGGAUUUGAGGGUUUCCAAAAUUCUGUAAAAGUUGUGAAUUCAAAAGAGUUGUAGAACAAGUAGACACAAAGCUUAACAGGUAAAGGAUACUGGCUGAAUACUUUUUAUCAGGGGUGAAAUGCUCCCUGAUCCAGUAGUGAUGGCGGCGGGUGGUUCGGAGAACCGGUAGCAAAAAUUCCUGCCCCCCCCCACAAUGCCCAGCUGAGCUGUGCGAUCAUCAGAGGGUGUUUUUUUAACUUUUAAAAGCAUUUUUUCUACAACCUCUUUGACCAAAAAAAUGCUUUUAAAAGUUUAAAAAAAAAAAAAAGCCUCUUGAUCAUCGUGCAGCUCAGCUGGGAUUGUCAGAGGCUUCUAAAAGCAUUUUUUUCUGCAACCUCUUAAGGUUGUAGAAAAAAUGCUUUUAAAAGUAAAAAAAAAAAGUUGGCCACGCCCACCCAGUCACAUUACACCCCCCACCAAGCCACGCCCACAGAACCGGUAGUAACAAAUUUUAGAUUUCACCCCUGCUUUUUAUAUUGCCCUCUGUGCAUAUUCCUAAGUAUCAGAAGAAAAACAAAACUUUCCCAAAUUCACUCUUUAAAAUGAGAUGUUGAUCUGAGAGGAAAGAAAAUCUUUAUGCUAUAUUUAAUUAAAUUUAUGACUUUUUUGUAUAUAUUGUGUUUUGUAUGUAAAUGACAAAGUAAACGGUUAUCUUGAAGUAUUAUUUUUAUGAUCUUGCCAAAUGGUUAUUCUAAAAAAAAUGGUCUGCUCUAGAGAUCUGCCUUGCAUGGAAAGACAAUUUCAUGUAUGCAAGAUAGAAAGAGCAGGAUGUCCAAUGAGGUUGAACUCUAUACAAAGAACCAAUUACAGCAUUUACUGUGCUUGGGAACUAAGCAUCUGACAUAGAACUAAGAAAUUUGUAGGUACUCCUUUCUACCCUAGGAUGUGCAGAUACUUAAUCUACAAGCUGUGUUCUUACUUUGUGCAAUAUUUAUAUACAUUUUAAACACACAAAUGUUCAAUUAGCUGUAUUUAUCAAAGAGUCUUUGAUUAAGUUACCAUAUAUAAAACUUCCAUUGAAAUGCUCAGGCUCAAUUCCAAACAUACACAAGACCUCUUGUAAUUUCCCUUUAAUGCUUUAAACAACCUAGGCAACAAUUCUAUAGUAUGUAUUUUAAAGAUUAUUUUUAUUAAAGUGGUUGAUACAACAUUCAA